ACCGCAUCGGCUAGAAUAUCCUUCCUCCUUCCCACCUUCGCUUUCAGGGAUCUCUUGCGACCAAAUGAUUGCACAGCACAUGCAUAUACCUCCGACUCUGCUGGACUACUGAAUGACUGAUUGGUUCAGCUAGCAUCAAAAACGCAAACGGGGAAGAAGAAGAAAGAAUGACACCGCAGCUGCUCACGGCGGCGCAGCGGUACUGCGGGUGCGCCGGCGACGGCGCGGUGGAGGCGAUGCUGCAGUGCCAGCGGGUGAGCGACUUCCUCAUCGCGGCCUCCUACCUCUCCAUCCCGCUGGAGCUCCUCUACUUCGCCUCCUCCCGCCGCGCCGACCUCGUCGCCACCGCCGCGCCCCUCGACCUCCGCUGGCUGCUGCUGCAGCUGGCCGCCUUCGCCGCGCUGGGCGGCGCCACGCACCUGCUGGCCGUCUUCGCCUCCCACCACCCGCAAUCCGCCCGCAUCCUCCUCGCCUCCACCGCCGCCAAGCUCCUCGCCGCGCUCGUCUCCUUCGCCACCGCCGUCUCCCUCCUCGCCUUCAUCCCGCGCCUCAUCCGCGCCAAGCUCCGCGAGGCGCUCCUCCGGGACAAGGCGCGCCGGCUCGACCGCGACCUGGCCCUCGUCCGCCGCCGCGUCGAGGCAACCUCCCGCGCCGUCCGCAUGCUCGCCCACGUCCGCGGCCGCGACCCGCAGGCCAUCCUCCACGCCGCCAUGCUCCACCUCGCCGACACCCUCGCGCUCCGUAGCUGCGCCGUCUGGAUGCCCGGCCACGACGCCGGCGGCAUCCUCCACAUGGUGCAUCAGCUGAGCUUGAGAGGCAAGGGCCCCGUCGGGGUCGUGCUGGGCUCGCAGGCCCCUAUCUCCGAAGAUGACCCCGACGUGUUCGACAUAAAGUCCAGCGAGGCUGCCAAGGUGCUCAGGCCAGGCUCAGCGCUCGCGACGGCGAGCAGCGGCGGCCUCAUGCCACCUGGAGCAGUGGCUGCCAUACGGAUGCCCAUGCUCAAGGUCUCCAGUUUCGACGGGGGAAAGACACCGGAUCAGGCGAGCUCAUACGCCAUCUUGGUGCUGGUUCUGCACAGCCAAGAUGGUUCCAGAGAAUGGGGCACCCAAGACCUGGACAUUGUGCAGGUUGUCUCCGAUCAGGUCGCCGUGGCGCUCUCCCACGCGACGGUCCUCGAGGAGUGGCAAGUCAUGCGCGACAAGCUUGCCGAGCAGCGCAGGGCCCUGUCGCGGGCCAAGCAUGAAGCGGUGGUGGCGAACAACGCUAUCAAGUACGUCCAGAGCGCAAUGUGUGACGGCAUGCGAAGGCCGAUGCACUCGAUAAUCGGGGUGCUCUCCAUGGUGCGGCAGGCAGAGAACAUGCGCCGCGAGCAGAAGCCUGUGGUCGAUGCCAUUGCCAGGACCAGCACCCUCUCGUUGGCACUGAUGAAUGAUGUCGACAUGGAGACGUUGGUGAUGAAUUGCGCGCCGUUCCGCCUCCACUCACUCAUCAGGGAGGCGAUGAGCGUCGCAGGGUGCCUGGCCAGUUGCAGGGCAGUUAGUUUCUCAUACAAGUUGGUGAAUUCCUUGCCAGAGUGGGUUGUCGGUGAUGAGACGAGAGUAUUCCAGCUCCUACUGCACAUGGUGGGCGAUGUGCUUAGUCGGCAAUGCAAAAACGGCGGGCGUCUCUUAUUCUCUGUCAAGGGGUGCAAUGUGGAUGAAGAGGAUUGCAUCCCGAUGCAACUAAACCUGUCAGCAGGUUGUAGUACAUGUGUCAAAUUCCAGGUUGGGAUGGAAAGAUCAACCGGUUGCAGCCAGUUGCCCCAUAGACCGGUCAGUUCUCACAUCAGCAUGUGCAAGAAGAUUGUGCAGAUCAUGAAUGGGACCGUGAGGUCGGCAUCGGAUGGACAAAGCAUCACCCUCACUCUGCAGUUCCAGUUGCAGCAAUUAGGCGUGUGCCGACGAACGCCGCCGUCCAUUCCUCGCUUUAAUGGCCUGAGGAUUCUGCUCAUUGACAGUGACAGCAUGAGCCGGGUGGUGACCCAGAAGCUCCUCGAGAAGCUCGGUUACCAGGUCAUGUCAGCGUCGUCGAGCAUCCAUUGCCUGGCCUUACUGGAGAGUGCUGACUCUUCCUUCCAACUCCUCCUCCUCGAUCUUGACAUGGAUGUAUUUGAGGUGGCCCUCCAAAUUAGAGAGCUCAGGAACAGACGCUGGUUUCUCAUAGCUGCUGCUCUUCCAGUUAGCAUAGUCGACAGCAUCAGGGAAAUGUGUCGGCGGUCAGGAAUAAACGGCCUGAUCCAGAAACCCAUCACACUGACGGCAUUGGGAGCUCAACUCAGUAGAGUCCUUCAAAACUUUUAAUGUAAUAAAUCUUAGCGCAUGGUGCUUGUCCUAUUUCCAUCACGAGGAAAGGAGAUGACUACAAGCCUCCAAGACAAACACGAGGUAAACUGACAGUAGUUUCAUAUUGCUUUCAAACGUACUCCGUAAUUUGCAAGAAUGCGCUUCAGAAUCAAGAUGGCAAUGGAUAGUCAAAAUGCGGAUAUCCAUGGAUAUCCAGUCCAUGGGUCGUGGAUAUGGAUCGAGUUUUCGAUCCAUGGAUAUCCACGCAUGGAUACCCGCCAAUUCGUGGAGCGGGUACGGAUAUCAUAUUUGAUCCAUGGAUAUCCAUGAAUACCUGGUGUUUAUUAAAAUAAAUAAA